GUUACCAGCAAGCUCCAGAAAGCUUGGCUUCUUUUUUAAGAAUUGUGACUUGUGCAAAUAAAAUUUGGUUAAAAUAAUAAGCAAAUGUAUCACAUAAUACUCUUCUUUGUCAUUUUUUGUGAAUGCAAACUAUACAUUUUCCCACCGCAAUGCAAAUUGAGGGUAAAUAUGGACAACAAUAAAUUGUGACACAAGUUUCUUGGUAUGGGGCAAGACCAAAAUAAAUGCACCAGCGUUUUGUUUAGUUCUCCUCAGACUCCUCAUUCUUACUUUUAGGUUGCAGCGAAAAACAGACAUUCCCAAUAGUUUUCUCUUCACGUCCACCCGUGUAGGGGAUCAAACCCUUAAAACACAUCAGUUUAUGUCCACAGCCACGCGAUUUGCUUUAUUCAAUGAACUGUAUGAAUUGAACUGUUCUUUUGUCAUUUAUUUGAAGCUUUGGCAACAUGGUUAUUUUGGCAUUCAUGCUGAAUUGAAGUGGGCGGAGCCAUCAGCUCCACCGACCAAUAACAGCGGACCUGGAGCGUUACCUAGGAGACGGUGUACAGAGCGGAGGGAGGCAGCAGCAGGCUAACAUGCUAACGUGCUAACUAGUCGGUUACCGGACAGCUGAAUCACCGUGUUACAUAUUUCAAAUCACCGUGGACGUUAAAAGGCCCGGUGUCACCGUCUGCCGCCGUUAGCCAGCUAGCAUGGCAGCAGCGGCGUCCAGCUAACGAGGCGAGAUUAGCGGUUAGCACGCUAACCAGUCACCGAAGCUAACGUGCUAACAUAAACAGUGUCCGAUAAUACACGCCUGUACCGGUUAGCACCGAGCUAACAGCCGGGAUGGAUGUGAGCUAACAGACCGUGGUGGUCUGACCCGGAUCUGAGCUGCUUCUCUGGACGGAACCGAGCCGAGGGGUUCAUCCCAGCGACAGCCUGGUCCUCCCGGGCCGGGGAACGGUCAGAUCCGGACUCUAGAGGAAAUGCAGCGGACCGGAGGACGGAUCCACAUCCCGAGUCCCGUUAGCCGUUUAUGAACAGGAUGGACGUGUGCAGUAGGAACCCGAACCGCACGGCGCCGGUCGGCGAGGACGGCCCGCACCGAGCCGACGCGCCGCUCUGCUCUCGGACUAACGGCUGGAGCUGGCCCCCCCAUCCCUUCCAGCUGCUGGCCUGGUUGCUCUAUGUCUACUUCGCCGUCACCGGCUUCGGCGUGUUCGUUCCCCUUCUGCCCGCCCACUGGAUCCCUGCAGGCUAUAUCUGUACGGGCGUCCUGUUCGUCUGUCACCUGUGUGUCCACGUGAUGGCCGUCUCCGUUGACCCCGCCGACUACAACGUCCGAACGAAGAGCGACAGAAGUCCAGUCCCCGCGUUCGACCGCACCAAGCACGCCCACGUCAUCGAGAACUGCCACUGCUACCUCUGCCAGGUCGACGUCGGUCCGAAGUCCAAACACUGCAGUGCCUGUAACAAGUGUGUUGCCAACUUUGACCAUCACUGUCGGUGGCUCAACAACUGUGUGGGGAGCAGGAAUUACAAGUUGUUCCUCCACAGCGUGAUCUCGGCUCUGUUGGGGGUCUGUCUGGUUCUGGUCGUUGCCUCCUACGUCUUCAUUGAGUUCUUUCUGGACCCGUCCAAACUCCGCACUGACAAACACUUCCUGGUGAGGAACGAGACAGGUGUGUGGUUCGUCUUCCUGCCGGUGGCUCCCCUCAGGUCAGCAGCAGCAGUGAUUCCGGUUCUGGCAGCUGUCACCAUCGCUCUGGGUCUGCUGUCGUCUGUGCUGCUCUGUCACCUGCUCUGCUUCCACGUCUACCUGAUGUGGAACAGACUUAGUACCUAUGAAUAUAUAGUGCGCCAGCGUCACCGUCAGGACCGCAGAGACUCAAGGAAACCAGGAUCAGUGAAGGAGACAGCGGCUCCAUCGGUUAACCUUGUCAAGGACGUGAACUACUCAGGGACUCUGGGUUACACCAACCCUCAGCUGGACAUGCAGGAACCUACCACUGUGGCUGUGCGGGGAGAGGCAGAGUUCCAGGCUAACGGCCGAGCGAGGACUGUGUCCACUCCUGUCAUGGAGGAAGAAUCUCCACCCACGGUGUCUACAGAGCCAAAAGCAGCAGCAGCAGCACACACACACCGACGCACACAGAAAAAGAAGGUCCGUAAAGUUCCAGCAGCGGUGACCAGAGAACGCUGCCCGAGCACAGCCCCGCCCCCCGCAGAAUUCAGCACUGUGUCCACUGUGUCCCUGGGUCAGCGACUUCCUUUCCCAGCGUUCCCUUUGAGGGCCUCCCUGCCCCCCCUGGCCCCCACCUUGGGCCCCAUGCAGGCCGCUGCCCCUCCUGCUGAGUACCACUCGGACUCGGCGGAGUCUCUGGAGGAGAUCCCUGUGGUGCUGGCCAAACUGGGCUCUUCAUCCUCUGCUGCCGGAGACGCCUCCUCAUCCUCACACAGAGCCGUCCCGGUCUUCCCCCUGCCCUCCCCCCACCUCAGGACUAAGAGGAAGGCCUCCUCCUCCCGCGCAAAUAAAAGCGCAGCAGUGCUGAGGUUUGAGAUGGCCUCCGCCUACCCCCCCACGGCGUUUGUCAGCCGAGCCAGCGGAGAGGCCGCCGAGCCCCGGGAGGGAGGCCUCAGUCUGGGCAGGAAGCAGACUGCCUCCAAGCCCGGAUCCAGACCAGCAUCUCGGGCGUCUCUGGGUUCGGGUGCGGCCUCCUGGAUGGAGCUUUAACCCGAGCACACUUUAUUUUCUAUCUCUGACUAUUUAUUGGUUCUGACCUUUUCCUUUGAACGCCAAAGCUCCGUCUGCACAACCUUUAGAUGAUUUUAUAAAAGCUGGAAACCUUAAAGCUGAACCGAGUCUCCAUGGUAACCCAGGGCCAGACGACAUCACCUCCUGUCCAGCUUCAGUUCCACAACACAGCAACAAUAAUGCUAAUGCGUAGCAUGCACAUGAGCCUCUCCCUGUUCAGACGGCCAACGUCUCCUAAAGGACGUUAAAUAAAUUACAUGAAAUAAAGUAAAACAUGUAAUUAAAACAUAAGUUACACAAAAUAAUUACAAUUUUAAACUUUUGACUAAAACAUUUUACUACAUUGUUUCACUUGUUAUAUAUUUUUAUUUUAAAAAGCAUUGUUAAGUAAUUCUUCCUCUCAGCUAAUCACAAGCCUCCGGCCUCUGUUUGUAUGGCGCCCCCUCGCUGCCACGCUGCAGACUGCAGCUCAGGGUUUGACCCUGUUAACCUGCUCGCCUGGUCCCUUGUGGUUUUCACACUUCAGCUGUUGUUCAGACGUCACAUGUCAGGCUAGCUGGUUCCCCCAGUGUCCAGUCUUUACGCUAAGCUAAGCUAAGAUGUGGCUGAAGAGGAUUUCACUGUUCCUGUGUCUACACAUGCUCUGUCCAGCUGCUUCACACACCAUGUUUCCCCUAUGGUUUCCUUUGAUGAUUUUUUCACCUGUUUAUCAAUAAAUGACAAUAACUGAUCAGUUUCUUACACUA